AUGCCGGAUGAUUUUUCACAUCAUUCUCUUUCCCAGCAUACCAACACGGCCAUCUCCAGCGGAAUUCAGGCGGUCCGCACCCCAACUCCUAUUCCAGUCUUUCAUGCUCCAACUCCCAUUAUAGCCCAAUCACUGCAAUAUCAGCCUCCUCAGGGGUUCAAUGGCUUGAUGCAGCCGAACCCCCAGGCAUAUGGACAAUAUGGACCAUACGGACAUGUGUACGGACAGGCUCCCUAUCUGGCUGGACCGUCCGUGCAACCGCAACCCAUCGAUUGGCAGAUGCGCCUACUUACUCUGGGAGAUAAGCCGCCCCCGUUUUCGCAAGAUAUCUUAAAUGCCUCUCAGCCACCAAAGGUGAAGAGUGUACUUGUGGGAGCCUAUGAUGGCACGGGCAACCCAGAAGAGCACAUCACCUCGUACUGGAACCUGAUGUACUUGCAAAGCGUAGAUGAUGCUACUUGGUGCAAAUGUUUCCCGGCCACUCUGAAAGGUGUGGCGCAGGAUUGGUUCAACAGUUUACCGGACGGAUGUAUCAAUUGUUUUACUACUCUUAGUUUGAUGUUCGUGGGAAAUUUUUCAUACAAUAUACCGCCUCGAAAGACUUGUCUUAACUUGGCGACAAUCGUCCAAGGAAAAACUGAGGGCUUAAGCUCGUACGUCCAGCGAUUUAACCAAGAAAAAACCCAAAUUCAUAAUCUGCCGGACGAAAUGGCUUACUCUGAAUUUCUCCGGGGAUUAAGGCACAAUGGUUUUAAAUUUGACUUGGUAAGGAAAAAGAUUCGGACAUACGCAGGUGUUCUGCGGGAAGCCGAAGCUUACAUUGAGGCGACGGACUUUUGUUCGCUCACAAAAACAGAAGCGCUGGUCAAGGGGGCUGAGAAAAAAUCUCCUCUGCAAGACUCGGCCGACCAAAAGAAAGAAGGAAAAAAGAGAAAGGAAGUCUGGGUGGCUGACGCCCAGUCACAGAAGUCCAAGAAGGUCAAGGCGUACGAGCCUCAGUUUGAAUUCAACAAGGAUUGUUAUUCUAUCUUGAUGGAAAUCAAGGAUAAGUUUGAGUUUGAGAAGCCACAGCCGCUGAGAGGCCCGACUCAGUAUAGGAACAAGAACAAGUAUUGUCAUUACCACAAGGACGUGGGACAUGACACAAAUAAUUGUAUCAACUUGAAGAGAUUGCUGGACAAGUUAGCCGAGAAGGACAUGCUGAAUUCAUAUGUGAUGAAGUCCAAAUUCACUUACACACGAACAAACAACACGUCCGAGCAAAGACAGAAGAAUGAUAAGAACAAAGAUAAAGAAGAUGAUGGCAACAUCACUGAUUCAGGCUUUGUGGCCGUGAUAUCAGGAGGAUUUGCUUCAGGCGGCCCUACUAUGAGGCGGAUCAAGCAGGACGCCCGCAACUUGGGUAAAGUAAUGAAAAUGGAUUUAGUGAAGGCCGAACCUUUCCCCGAAGUAGUCAUCAGUGAAGCUGAUCGGGGGGAGGUCAAAUCCUUGCACAAUGAUCCCAUGGUAUUCAUUACGAAGAUAGCCAACUUGAAGGUCGGACGAAUAUUAAUUGACACGGGUAGCUCGGCUGAUAUCAUCAGCCUGGCCGCCUUGAAAAAUCUAAGCUUCCCAGAGGAUGCUCUCCAGGACAUCACUCACCCGUUGGUUGGAUUUGGGGGGAAUGUCAUCCACCCAGUGGGACGGAUUGACUUACCUGUCCGAUUCGGGCAAAAAGGGGAAGGAAGAGAUAUGGUUGUCCGCUUCUUGGUUGUGAAAGAACUGACUGGAUAUAAUGUCAUACUCGGACGUAAUACACUGAAUGCAGCAAAAGCAGUCAUUGUGCCUCAUCUAAUGCUGCUAAAGUUUGAGAGGAAGGACGGGAAAAUAGGCACGAUCCAAGGAAGUCAGAAGAUGGCAAAAGAAUGUAAUCAGUUGGCUGUUAAGCCCACAACGCGUGGACCAAAAUCGUCCGAGCCAAAAGAAGAAGGAACCUCACUCCCAACACAGCAGGUCGGCCAGAAGCGUAAGACGACCAAGAUAGAGCAAGCAUAG